AUGACAUCGGAUCACAUUAUUCUGUAUGUUCAUCAAACAACCGGAAAAACCCUGUCUUUAGGAGAAUUUAUGAAAAUUUUAAUAAAUGAACUUUUGAAUAUUGUCGAAAGUUUUCUUUCAUCAAACAACGAACAUGAAAAGACGUCGACAAGAGAGGAGAAGAAAAAAGAAACUUCAAAACAAUAUUUACAAGAAUAA